CUACAUUUGAUUCCUAAUUCUAAACGAUGACGAUGACCUUUGGUGCAGAAACACACAUCUAAUUAUAAUAACGUCUCUCCCUCUCACACACACACACAGAGUCUCUUUUCGUUUUCACUACUCUCGGGAGACAAAGCACAUGGUGUUUGUUUUCCCGGCGUAGAUUCGCAAGGAUGAUCUCUAUUACCUCAUCGGAGCUCAACUACCUCGUUUUCCGGUACCUUCAAGAAUCAGGGUUUACGCAUUCAGCAUUUGCUUUAGGAUAUGAGGCGGGGAUUAAUAAGAGCACAAUAGAUGGAAAUUUAGUUCCCCCUGGUGCUCUGGUUACCUUUCUACAAAAGGGAAUUCAAUAUCUUGAAUUGGAAGCAAAUUUGAGCAAUGCAUGCAGGAUGACACAGAUAUGGAUGAAGACUUCCAGUUCUUACAACCCAUUGAUCUUAUCACGAAGGAUGUAUAUGAGCUGCAAAAAAUAAUAAAAGAAAAAAAGGAAAAGCUUCGGCAAGAUAAACCUAGGGGAAAAGACAAGGAUAACAACGUCCAUGAGAAGGAGCAUGGACGAGAACCUGCUAGAGAAAGGGAGAAGGAAAAACAAUUGAAGGAAAAAGAGCAAGAUCGAGAUCGGGAGAGAGAGAAGAUUGAGAAGGAUAAGGAGAGAGAGAAAAAUAAGGACAAAGAAAAACCACAUGAAGAUCUCAUGGACGUGAAAGCCAAUGGAGAUAAAGAGGUUGUCAGACAUGAGGAGAAUGGAAAGGCUGCAGAUCCGGAGCCAAUGGAGGUUUGCACAAGCUCUACCUCGCUGCCAUGUGAAAUCCCGAGUUCUGAUGUACUGGUUUUGGAAGGCCAUACAUCGGAGGUCUUUGCAUGUGCCUGGAGUCCAGACGGUUCACUUCUUGCAUCUGGGUCUGGAGAUUCUACUGCUAGAAUUUGGACAAUUGGAGAUGGUCCUUGUCAUUCUCGUAUGCAAAAUGGGCCUGUAAAUGUGAUGGUAUUGAAGCAUUUUAAAGGUCGAACAAACGAGAAAAGCAAGGAUGUCACAACACUCGAGUGGAACGGCGAGGGAAACCUACUAGCAACGGGUUCUUAUGAUGGUCAAGCUAGAAUCUGGAACCGAGAUGGGGAACUGGUAAAUACUCUAAUCAAACAUAAAGGGCCAAUCUUCUCGUUGAAGUGGAAUAAGAAAGGUGAUUAUCUCCUUAGUGGUAGUGUAGACAAAACUGCCAUUGUGUGGGAUGUAAAGUCAGGCGAAUGGAAGCAGCAAUUUGAAUUUCAUUCAGCUCCGACUCUUGAUGUUGAUUGGCGAAACAACAAUUCCUUUGCAACCUGCUCCACUGAUAACAUGAUUUAUGUUUGUAAAGUUGGAGAGAGUCGGCCUGUCAAAACUUUCUCAGGGCAUCAGAGUGAAGUCAAUGCAAUCAAGUGGGACCCCUCAGGCUCCUUGUUAGCAUCGUGCUCUGAUGACACCACGGCUAAGAUAUGGAGCGUGAAACAAGAUGCCUGCGUGCAUGAUUUCAAAGAACAUGCCAAGGAGAUCUAUACCAUCCGAUGGAGUCCAACUGGCCCUGGUACGAGCAACCCAAAUCAACAGUUGUUGCUGGCCAGUGCCUCUUUUGACUCCACAGUGAAGCUAUGGGAUGUAGAACUUGGCCGUCUCCUUCACAGUCUGAAUGGCCAUAGGGAUCCCGUUUAUUCUGUCGCAUUUAGUCCAAACAGCGAGUACUUGGCAACCGGGUCAUUGGAUAGAUGCUUGAACAUAUGGUCCGUGAAAGAGGCCAAGGUCAUAAAAACUUACAGUGGAAAUGGUGGAAUCUUUGAAGUUUGCUGGAACAAGGAAGGCAACAAGGUUGCAGCUUGUUUCGCGGACAAUGUGGUCUGUGUCUUUGAUGUUCGGAUAUAGAUGUUGUGGAACAAACAGGCAAAGAUAAUAUUGAAGAUGGACGAGAUCGUUUAAGCACUUGUAACAAGUAAUACCUUAAUUUGUGACAGAAAUCUGCUUGGACGUAUGUACAAUUGUAGGACAAACUGAAUAUUCAACAAAUCAUAUUUGGAGUACAUUGUAGAUAGUGCAGGUAAGUAUUAUGGCACUGACGUAGGUUUAGGUUUUGGCAGAGCUGAAACUGUAAUUACUGACUGUUGCACUGCGUUGAAGUGUGGAAGCUGCAGUGGCAGUGACCGCACUGUUAUGAUUUAUUUGUUGCUCAAAUGCUGACAUUGAGUUGUUUAAUUUCAUUGCUCCCCUAGUAUCAGGUUGAUGUUCUUA